CCACUGGAUGCGGAUUGUAACAUUCUCCGAUAUAUUGGUGGAUCGGAGCAUGUCUACCAUCCACCAGACCCGACAUCUAAAUCCUUCAUCAUGACCCCUCCGGCCGCCGAUCUCUCCUCCAAAUUCGGUGCUCCAGCAAAGAAAUCCAUCUUCGAACGACAAAAGGCCGAAGCGGAGGCAAAGAAGGCCCGAGAGAAAGCAGAGACUGCUGCUGUUCUAGAAGACUUUGUCAAAAGUUUCGAUGAUGAGAGUGACUCUCAUUACCCAUCAAAGCGGCCUACCGCUGGCUCUGGCGGGCCCUCCUCCGGCGGCUACGGUCCCGCUCCAGGGAAGAGACACUUCACCACCACAAGUUUGAAGAGUGGCCCUGGCAGCCUCGGGCCCAGCCCAUCGCUACCAAAAAGCGGACCUGGGAGUCUAGGGCCUUCGCCAUCGUUUGGGAAGAAGAGACAACGCGAUGAAUACUCUGGUUCCUGGGAGCGUGAGCGCGACCGAGACCGGGGGAUGCUCUCAUACAACAAUGAUCGAGAUACCAAUCACCCGCGAGACCGAAGUGAUUUCCGUCGUCAAGAAAGAGAGGUAGAACAUGGUGAUGCGGACGAGAUCAAGGCAGCUGCAAAGCCAACACUACAUCUCUCAUCCCUUCCCCCCAAGACAUCGCCUGCGGUCAUUAAAGGGCUCUUUGCCCCAUCGCCGUUGACCGUUGAAGACGUUCGCAUACUGCCUGCAAGUUCUACUCCUAGCGAGAGAAAAUCCAUCUCAGCCAUCAUCACCCUUGCGGCUGAAACACCUGCCACCGACAUCGACACAAUGGUUUCACACUUGCAGAACCGAUAUCUAGGCUUUGGAUUUAAUCUGUCCAUCUCUCGUCAUCUUUCUUCAGCUGCUUUGUCUGGCUCGACCUCAUUGGGCAGUAAUGUUCCUUCAGGAAACCUCAACAGUCUUCCCUUUGGCGCGAAGCCGAUCCCACAAAACACCUCACUCUCGCGGGCUCCUCCACCAGGACAGAAUUACAAUCGGUUCGCCCCACCUACAUCAUACACUUCUUCCACGCCUUAUGGACCUCGGUCCAAUAUGCCUUCCACACAAAUCUCCGUCAUUCCGCCUUCCGACCUCAAGCAAUUGAAACUCAUCCACAAGACUGUAGAAGCCUUGCUUUCGUACGGACCCGAAUUCGAAGCCUUGUUAAUGUCCCGCCCAAACAUUCAGCGCGAUGAACAGUGGGCAUGGCUUUGGAAUUCCCGAUCGACAGGAGGUGUCUACUAUCGUUGGCGACUUUGGGAGAUCCUGACCAACGCCACAGCCAGAAAUCGAAGGAGACCGGCAGGAGGCUACGGGUCACGUCCUCAAGGAGAUGUCAUCUUCGAGGGCCAGAGCAUGUGGGUUCCGCCUGAAGACGGGUUAAAGUUCGAAUACACUACCAAGAUUGAAGAGUUCAUCAGUGAUGACGACUAUAAUUCAUCCGACGAAGAGGAUAUGGAAGAGGAUGGCGGCUUGGCUAGACGAUAUCAUGAUCAUCAGAGAAUGAGCGGCGUGACGACCGAAACACACGACAAUGAUGGUGCAGGGUAUUUAAACCCUCUCGCAAAGACCAAACUUGUCUAUCUCCUCUCUCGAUUACCCGACUCCAACUCCAAACUUCGAAAGGGUGACGUAGCCCGGGUGACAGAUUUCGCCAUCGAGCACGCCGGGGCUGGAGCAGAUGAAAUCGUAACAUUAAUCACCAGGAACAUCAUUAAUCCAUUCUGCUUCGCAGUACAAAAGCCAAAGUCAAGCAGGAACUCCUCUGAAGAAGACGAGGCUACGCCGGAUAUUGACGCCGAGAGCGAGCAGAAACCCUCAUCCUCAACUCUCAAAGACACAACAGCAACCUCUCUCGUCGGCCUCUAUCUCGUCUCCGACAUCCUAUCAUGUUCCGCAAGCUCCGGCGUACGGCACGCCUGGCGAUACCGGUCUUUAUUCGAAACACAACUCCGUCGUCAAAAUGUAUUCCCCAUCCUUGGACGCGCAGAACGGCGAUACAACUGGGGCAAGUUGAAAGCGGACAAAUGGCGACGCAGUGUGCAAAGCGUUCUGAGUCUCUGGGAAGGAUGGUGUGUAUUCCCACAGGAUGCACACGAAGGAUUUGUCCAGGGAUUUCUAAAUCCACCAUUAACGGCAAAGGAGAAACACGAGCAGGAAAAAAGAGAAAAGGAAGCAAAAGAAUCAGACAUGUCGGCCAAAGACAAGAACACCGCCAACAUCAAUAGAUGGCGUAGCGUCGAAAGUUCAGAGACUGGGUCCGGGCCUAACCAGGGCUACUCAGCCCGUAUUGACGGGAGUCGAAUGGACGUGGAUAGCGGCAUCGACGGCACUCCAAUGCGACCGGAUGGGAAUGAGGGCGAGGAAGGGGACGAGGGUUUUGAUGAUGCAGAUCUUGAUGGAACUCCUAUGGUAGAUUCGAGUGACGAGGAAUUCGAGGCAGACGAGCCUGGCCAGGUGCCUCCACCUCCAGGUCUACCUCCACCACCGCCGGCGGAGGUGCCAGACACAGAUAUGAAAGACGCUGAUUCACGGCCGCCACAGCCGCCACAGCCGCCACCGGAAGCUUCGUCAUCUGCAUCAGAACCACAUGCCCAAGGUCGACGAGCUCGUCCUAGAGCGGCCGAUUUCGAUGACAUGUUCGAUUGAUUCAUCGAUGCUUGCUUUCACGAGAAACUUAGGUCUAGUCUUGUGUACAUGUA